AGAGCUUCAAGGCUCCCACCCAACCUCGGCCCAUGGCCCCUUCACCCUUCCGGUCCUCGACGCUGGCAGCCCAUGCCGCCCCCUCAAUACCCAAAUCUGCUGAUGUUUACGACCCACUCGUGCGCGGGACGCUAAGUCACCGUAUGGUGUACACCGUCUUUGCCUACAGCGCCGCGUUUGUCUUCGCGUGGACCGUUCUUGUCGCACAUCCCGGGGAAGAAUCUUUGUCAAUAUUCAGAAGACUCAUCAACCCAUGGACAUGGCUUUCUGCGUUGGCGAGCUGGGCUGUUGGAGUGUUGCCGGUGAUUGUGCUCAGGAAGGCGUACUUGUCGCCACACUCGAUUGCCGCCCACUCACCGCAAAAAACAAUCUCGACUGCGCUGUCGCACCCAAGGUCCCUGCGCGCUCUCGCGGCAUACACCCUGUCCGCCCUCCUGCUCACGGCACUCCAUCUCCCCAACGUAAAUUUGAGAGCAUUCGCAAGAUCAAAGAAACACCCAUGGUACUUCGACCCCCGCACACUGUUCUUCUUUGGUGCUCAGAUCUGGAGCGCCUUCAUAUUCAUGCUUCGCGGAGCUAUGCUUGACCGCUUUGUCUUCCGCCAAUCUCCUAUGGCAGCGCUGCCAUACAAGACGUCAAACCUCCUCAAGCUCCUCUUCACCGUCACACUGUUUUCAAUCAGCUGUUCUCUAGCAUACGUCUUCCUCGCAGUCAUGCCUUCCCGCAUGUUCGUCUUCCCCUUCCUCUUGCGCAUCCCUAUCCUCGGGUCUCUCCUUCGCCCAUUCUUCGGUCACUUCAUUCGCGUCUCGCUUGGCGGAAGCUCGUGGGACUGGGCCCUAUGGAAGGCUGCACAUAGGGUGACGUGGGGUACUCUACUUGUCUGGGAGUUCUCAGAGGCGUUGUUCGAUGUCUGCAUUCCAAUGCCCGUGACCACUGCGCACGCGUCUGCAGAUCCAUUGCUUACUCUCAUUGCUGGGACUUCCUCGUCCGAUCCCAUCUUCAGCCAAUUUGCCUGGGCAGAGCUUGAGCAUUUGGUUGCCGAAAUCUCCCCUACCGCCUCACAACGGCGCGUCGCCCUCUUCGCAGACCAAAAAUACACCCCUUCCCCCUGGUCCGCCCUUAUGCGCACGGCACUUUUAACUCUCGGCCACGACCACGCCCGCAUGCUCCGGCGCGGAGCCCCCGCCCCACCGCCUGCAGCCCCGCCCGUACCGAAGAAGGAAGAGCCGAAGCCUCCCGCACCAGGGACGCCGCUUCUCCGAAAAGAUAUCUUCAAGAAGCCACAAGAAAGCCAGAGCCCGGCGGGGAAGAUAUUCAGCUCGUUUACGGGCAACGGCGGCAGCAGCAAUGGAAGCGCUGGCGAAUGGGGUUUGCCUUCGCCUGCCCCAGCUCCUGCGGCCGCGCCCGAAGUGAAGUCCGAGGAUGGGGAUUCGUCGGUUCCUGAGCUUUUCCGCUCUACGUCUUUCCGCCCCCUGAACACGCCGGCGAAGCUUGCGCCUGCUCCCGCUCCCGCGGUGACACCGGCAAGCGGGCCGUUAGCUACCAUAUUUGGAGAAGUGAAGAAACGGCGGGACGCAUUGUUCGCCGAGGUUGACAAACACCUCCCGAACUGGGUACGGGAUCUCGCACACUGGUACACACGGGAGAGGCUGCACAAGGUCGUGGAGGCGUCGCUGCCGAACAGGGCGGUCGAUAUAUACAUCGUUGGUGUGCUCACCCACCUCAUCGAGAACUCCCUCAUCGAAGACAAAUACGGUGUCGUCCAGCGCGACAUCCCACGCACGCUCGAGGCGCUCCUCACGUUUCUAUCAUCCGUACAAGCCUAUGAAUCUGAGAUCGCUGCCAACGCCGCGCCACCGACACCGGAUGAGCUCACCGCCGCUCUCAAGGGUGAGAACGGCGCGCGCACCAUCGUUGCGGAGAAGGAGCUUGUCAGGGUGGAGACAGCGAAGUCGCUAGAUGUAUUGAAGCCGCUUGAGGAUGCGCUGAAGGUUGGGUUGGGCAGGGUGAUUAGAACGUUUGGCGAUAAGCUGCAGGCGUUUAAGUUCCCGCCACGGACGGCGGCGCAGCUGCAGGAGCUUGUGGAUUCGAUGCAUCACCAGUAGUCGCCGUGGUGGCACCACUGUUCCCAAGGCUUUAAUGCCCACGGGCUGUCCGGUGUUGAGUAUCUUUGGUUCCUUUCUGAGCCUUCAGCAAUCUAUAGACGUCCAUCUUGCUAUCACCCCUUACAACCAUCACGCCUUCAGCCUUGGCGCCUAUUAUCACUGUACUCAUCGCAUAAAACUAACACCACGUCUAUAUCAUCAAAAUACAAUAUACUGCAUCAUC